AUGGCCGUGACCAGCUACACUGGGGACUUGGUUGGCCUCAGCUAUGACAUGUCAAAGAUGCACUGUGACUCACUCCAGAGCCUCACAGGAUCAUUGGAAGUGACUCUGGCUCAGAGUGCUCCUGUGACAAUUACAGAAACAGCUGCCGCUCCAUCUGUUGUAAGGCAGGCUCCAAUGCCUGAAGUGAAGCGGCCUGCACCCAAGGCGGCUACUGGGAGUGCACAGCAAAGAAGGGAAGGGGACAAGCCGGGCGAGGAAGGGGAGGAGGCUGCACCGCCACCCGAUGAGCGGACAUUUUUGCAGAAGAACUGGAUCUACCUUGUGCCCAUGAUUUUCAUGUUGUUGAAUGGUCUUGGGGGAGGGGCCGGCCGGCAGGGGGCGCCAGCUCAGGCAGCGGGAGCUGCAAGGCAGCGGCCUCGCCAGUGA